AUGGAUGAAAUUAUGAAAGCUCUUAAAAAAAUUCAGCUGGAACUUGACGACCAGAUAUUAGAGGAAAAACUUCUUGCUUUGGAAGAGAAAUAUGUGAAACUCAAGGAGAUAGUAGACAACCAAGAGAAGAGAAUCUACUUCCUAGAAAAACAGGCGAGACAAAGAAACAUAGUUAUUUUCGGUAUCGAAGAACUGGAAUCUUCAUACGAAACCUUACAAAAACAUAUGCUCAAUUGGUUAGACCUACACUUUUCAAUCAAAUUAACAGAUGCCGAUCUACAAGUAGUUAGAAGGCUAGGAAAAAAGGGCGAUAAACCACGACCCACUCUGAUAUCCUUCUCAAAUCUCAGCACUAAGAUAAAUAUAUUGAAACAGAAAAAAGCACUGCGCGACACGUGCUACUAUAUGAAGGAAGAUUACCCAAAACAGAUCCUAGAAAAAAGAAGACAAUUACAAGAACAGCUGAAAAUAGAGAGAGAAAAUGGCAACAUGGCUUUCCUUAAAUAUGACAAACUAGUCAUACCUAAACAAACAUCCAAAAGAAAGUUUUCUGCAUCGCCAUCAAAACUCACAGAAGAAAUGUCGAAAGGAAGAAUUACACAGACAAACAAAAAAAAUAAGCCACAACAUCAAGAAAUAUCACUGAGAAGAUCUAACAGCAUUACCGAAGGAGUAAACAAACCGAGCAUGCUAAAUUUCCUUACAAAAAAUACAGCACAGGGACAAGAAACUACAAAAAGCAAUGCGUAG